AUGCAAAGACUUCGUGGUGAGCUCCACAUCGACGACAAGCUUUCCAAGGAAAUGUUCCUGAAGCGUCUGCCAGCCGAUGUUCAAACCAUUCUGGCAUCUGGCCCAGAAGAUCUCUCGGUUUCAUGGUUGGUCGAGACGACGGUCAGGAUGUUGGAGGUGCAGCAGUUCCAGCCGCCGUCUGUCGCACAGUUAUCCAUUUCCGCGUUAUCGACGCCAAGUGAGCAGAUUGCGACGGAGAGUGAUGCUAUGGCAGAAGAGAUGGCGUCCCUAAAAUUUGAGUCUGCACUCCUCCAAACUCUCCUCAAUUUUCUUGGCUGCACACGCAUUCGGACGACAGCCUACCACUCGGCUGCCAACGGGAUAGUUGGGCGUUUCAAUCGCCGGCUAAAGACUGACCUGUGUGCUUCAGAAGACCCAGGGAACUGGUCAGACAACCUCCCCUUGCACUCCUCAGCAUUCGUGCCUCUCUGA